UAUCAUCAUCGUCUCAAGUAUUAUCAUCACCUCAAGUAUCAUCAUCAUCUCAAACACUAUUAUUACCUCAAGUACCAUCAUUACCUCUAGCACUAUCAUCAUCUCAAGCACUAUUAUCUCAAGUAUCAUCACCUCAAGUAUCAUCACCUCAAGUAUCAUUGCCUCAAACAUUGUCGCCUCAGACAUUGUCACCUCAAGCAUUAUCGCUUCAAACAUUGUUGCCUCAAACAUUGUUGCCUCAAACAUUGUCACCUCAAGCAUUGACACCUCAAGCAUUGUUGCCUCAAGCAUUGACACCUCAAGCAUUGUUGCCUCAAGCAUUGUUGCCUGAAGCAUUAUCACCUCAAGUAUCAUCACCUCAAUAUAAUAGUUCUGUAUGUUAG